GGCAAAACAAAGGAGGAACCGCGCAGGCCACUGUGUGGGUGACGACGCCCCUGCCUGUGCCUAGGGCUGUGCAGCUGGGUGACUCCAGGCUGGAGGCUGCUUGCUCUGGCCGUGCUCAGCCCCCUGAGGCCUUGGGGACAGCUCCUCCCUGCUCGGUCACCCAGGACCCACGUGCCCUCCCAGCCCAAAAAGAAGCAUGUUCACUUUCCACAGGUACACGUCGCAGAGCAGGCACGCGGAGGCCCGGGAGCUCAUGUGCUCAGGGGCGCUGCUCUUCUUCGGCCACGGCCAGCAAAACAGUGCUGCAGACUUGUCCAUGCUGGUCUUGGAGUCGCUGGAGAAGGCGGAGGUGGAGGUGGCCGACGAGCUGUUGGAAAAUCUGGCUAAACUGUUCAGCCUGAUGGACCCCAGUUCCCCGGAGCGCGUGGCCUUCGUGUCCAGAGCCCUGAAGUGGUCCAGCGGCGGCUCGGGGAAGCUGGGCCACCCCCGGCUGCACCAGCUGCUGGCCCUCACCCUGUGGAAAGAGCAGAACUACUGUGAGUCCCGGUACCACUUCCUGCACUCGGCGGACGGCGAAGGCUGCGCCAACAUGCUGGUGGAGUACUCUACCUCCCGGGGCUUCCGCAGCGAGGUGGACAUGUUCGUGGCUCAGGCCGUCCUCCAGUUUCUCUGUCUGAAAAACAAAAGCAGUGCAUCGGUGGUGUUCACCACGUACACGCAGAAGCACCCGUCCAUCGAGGGCGGGCCCCCGUUCGUGCAGCCGCUGCUCAACUUCCUCUGGUUCCUGCUGCUGGUCGUGGACGGGGGCAAGCUGACGGUGUUCACGGUGCUGUGCGAGCAGUAUCAGCCGUCGCUGCGGCCAAAAACUCAUUCAUACCUCGACAGGAUCGGCCAGCUGUUCUUCGGCGUGACACCCAAGCAGACGUCGUCGUACGGGGGCUUGCUCGGGAACCUUCUGAGCAGCCUCAUGGGCUCCUCGGAGCAGGAGGGCGAGGACAGUCAGGACGACAGCAGCCCCAUCGAGCUGGACUGAUGCCGCCGCCACGGCCACCUGCGCCAGGAGGCCCCGCCCAGUGGGUGCGGCUUCGUGCACGAGCCUGGACGCGCUCCGGGGACCUGCGGCAGUGUGCGCAUGCGCGCUGGCUGGGCUGCGGGGCCCGCCACGCAGGGCGCCUCGGGUUGACCCACAAUAAAGCACAGGCUGCGCGCCACCACCCGUUCCCAGUCCUCUGUUUCUGGUUUGCUUUGGGAGGGCCGCGGCUGGCACAGGCGCCCGGUGCACGUGGACGUCCUGCGGUGGCCUGGCCCCCUGUGUCCUGGAGAGCGCCCUGGUUCCUCUCCGUGCCAAACCCCGGGAGCCACGGCCCGCCACCGAGCGCAGGGCCGCCGCAGCGGCCUCCUGCAAAGGGAAGCGGCGGGGCUUCUCACCUCUGAGAUGCAAUAUUUAUUUCCCUGGGUGGCAACUCCUUCGACCUGACGUUUUAGGUUUUAUCCAAAUGAGCAGCCCAGGAACGAGCAAGUGUGUUCUUUCUCACUGAUGCUGCAUCAGCUGUUCCCAGGGCCGUUACAGAGGGGGACGCUUUAUUUUUUCACAAUUAAAGUAAGAGUUGUAGAUUGGUACACAGCAAUCAUGCAUGAGGAGGGGCGAAGUAUAUGGUUCUAUUUACUGUAAAAACGGAAUUUGAAGGUUUGUGUUAAUUGUUGCGUUUAAAUAAAUCCUUUAUACUGGGCUUUA